UUAGGUCAUCAAGGAGAUACACGCGCACGCUGAAAUCCUCUUCUCUUCAAUGGAUGUCGCGUGUAUAUAUCUCUGUUGAGUCGACUCUCUGCUGCUCAGGAGCUAUUUCCUUUCAAGUUCGUCCAUGGAGGAAGACGAUGAGUUCGGUGAUCUUUACACGGACGUGCUGCGCCCCUUCGAGGCCUCGUUUAAGUCUCAGCUGGGAGGGACCAGCGGAGCACCAUCUCAGUUGCCGAACCGCUCGUCGGUCGAUCUGAAUGUCAACAGCGACGAUGAGGAGAUUCUAUACGGGGUUUCCGAUUCCAAAACAUCGUUUGGUAAUUCGAAUUUGAACUCCUCUAUCGGUUUGAAAUUGAGCGCCCCAAAUCGAGAGAAAACCCUACCGGAGUCGGGAGGAGGGUUUGAUUUAAAUUUGGAUUCGAAUUUGGGGGGUUCUAGAAUUUCAGGGGGUGGCAGUUCGGGCUUUGGAGGUGAGGGUUUGGAGAAGGGAAAGGGUGUGGAGUUGCCGGAGAAGGGUCCGGGGAGAGUGGAUUUCAUGGAGGAGGACGAUCUUAACAUCGUGGUGGAAGAGGGGGACAAUAAAGAUGAUGAUUUGGUUGAGAAAGACGCUGCUCUCAUUAAGAAGAAAGAGAACAUGUACAGUAGCGCAGCUGAACGAAGUGAAGGCACGGCUAAUUUCUUGGACCAAAGUGCUGCAGGGGAGAUAGGUACAGAGCCAGUGAUUCCAGGUCUAUCUGGGAGAUUUGAUAAUCAUGGCGGCGCCAUCUCCUCGAAUUUCGAUGAUGAGUUGGAGAGUGAUGAGAGUGACGAUGAUUUGCAGAUUGUGUUAAAUGACAACCACAGGCUGAUAGGGAUGGAAAGGAUGCAGGGAGUGGGUGACGACGAGGAUGAUGAGGAUGGUGAACCUUUGGUGAUUGUUGCUGAUAAUGGUGAUGCAAGCCACCAUCCCCUCCACCAGCAGAUGAUGGAUGAGCAAGAAUGGGGCGGUGAGGAAGGGGUGCCUGGAGCAGAUGGGGAGAAGAAGGAGUUGGGGGAUGCUGCGAGGGCGAGUGGUGGAGGAGGCGCUGCAGCACCGGCAGCAGUGCAGCCAAAAAUUGGGUAUAGCAACCACAUGUACCAUCACCCAUACCAUUCUCAGUUUAAGUAUGUCAGACCUGGUGUGGCUCCACUACCAGGAGCAGUUCCCCCUGUAGCUCCUGGAGGUGUCCAAGGUCAAGCUCGUCCGCCCACUGCCAUGGGUCCUGGAGGUGGACGUGGGAGAGGUGAUUGGAGACCUGCUGGUAUUAAAGGUCCUGUCCCCAUGCAAAAAGGCUUUCAUCCUGGUUAUGGGAUGCCUGCUUAUGCUGCUGGACGUGGUUUUGGAAGUGGAUUGGAUUUUACUCUUCCAUCACACAAGACCAUAUUUGAAGUUGAUAUUGAUGGUUUUGAAGAAAAGCCUUGGAAGCUUCCUGGUAUAGAUGUAUCAGAUUUUUUCAACUUUGGUUUGAAUGAGGAAAGUUGGAAGGAUUACUGCAGGCAACUAGAACAACUACGUCUUGAGACAACUAUGCAAAGCAAAAUUCGUGUUUAUGAAAGUGGGAGGGCAGAACAGGAUUAUGAUCCAGAUCUUCCACCAGAGCUUGCAGCAGCAGUUGGUGGCCAAGAUAUUUCACCAGAAAAUCCAAAUCCUGGAAAGAUGGAUGUUGGUGCAACUGACUUAGCAAGAUCAAAUACACGUGCACGACCACCAGUUCUCAUUGGCAGACCAAUUCCUGUUGAAGCUGGUUCUGGUGAUCGUCUUCCAUCAAUUGACACCAGGCGCCCACGAAUGCAUGACACAGAUGCCAUCAUUGAGAUUGUGCCCCAGGUUUCACCAGAUGAUCCUGAUGUGGUGGCAGAACCUGAAAAUGAACCAGAUGGUGAAGAUCUUGCAGGUGUCAAUGCAGUUGAUCCUCAGCCGGACAAUGCAGAGAAAAUUGACCACUUUUCUGAUGCUUAUGAUGGUCCAAAGAGAGAACCUGUUGCAAGAAGACCAUUGAUUAAGAGUGCUGAAAGUGGUCAUGAAGGUGGACAAGGGGAGGAUUCAGAAGGGCAAUACCAAAAUGACAGGGAGAUGGAUGUACCUCAUGAGGACAGGUCUUUCAAAGGAAGAGAAUCCCCAAACUCACCCAAUAUGACUAACAGAGACAGUAAUGCAGAAAAACAGACAGUGGAUGAAAGAAACGAAUCAUUUAAUAGCGAGGAUGUUAAGCAAAACCCACCUUUGUCACCUUCUCAUGCUGUUGGAUCAGAUGAAGAGCAAGCUAUAGCAUUAGGGGAUGAUGAAGAAUCUGUGAUGGACGAUAAAGGUUCUGAUAUGGAGAAAGAUGAAAUGGUGUUGGAUGCACAAACUAGUGAGGCCGUUGAAGACGAGAAAUUAACACAUUCAGAAAACAAAGGAAAGAUAAGUUCGCUUGUAGAACUGUCUCAAGAAAAUGAUGAUGGUGAAGAAGCUUUGAGGAGUAGUGAGAACAGCAAAGAAAGAUCAGAAAGCAGUAAGGAUCACCGGAAGUUCCAUGAACCUUUCGAGGAUGAAGUUCUUCAGGAAAGGCACCCUCCUCAUGCUGGUAACAAGAGACCAGUAGGUGAGGAGGAUAAUGUUCGUAGGAAAGGCCGCCAGGAGAGAGAUGAAACUGGAAGACACAACAUGGAUGUAAAGGGAAGAGAAGAGUCUCGCUUACAUAGAGGUGGGGAUCCUAACUCAUUACACCGACAAAUGAAAAGUGACAGUGCAGACCGAAGGAGGGAUAGUGAUAUAUCUGAAGGAAGCUGGCGUAGGAGAGAGGAGGAUCCUUAUGGGAAAAGGACUAGAGUUGAUGAUACUAGAAGUAGAAGGGAUCAUGGUGGUGAAAUUGUUUCCAAAAUCCAGGGAGGUGACAUUGGCUCCAAAAACCGGGUUAAAGUUAGAGAAAGCGAGAGGAGUGAGAAAGAUGAUCGCCAUCACCUAAGGAAUGAACUUGAUAAUUCCAGCUGGAGGGGGGCAAACCUUGAUCAAGAUUUGGCAUCUAGGCAGAGAGACAGGGAUGAUAAUCUAAGAACUCGGGAGGAAAAGGUGGGAAAUGUUCACCACAGAAGAAGAAAAGAACCAGCAAGUCGGGAACCUGUUGAAAAGGAAGAGGGUGCUCAUUAUUAUAGAGAAGGUAGCGGCCAUAGGAAGAGAGAAAGAGAUGAUACCUCUGAUCGGCGGAAAAGAGAUGAAUAUGCCAAAUCAAAAGAUGAUGAUGUGCAUCGUGUUAGGCAAAAACGAGAAGGGUCAAUGCCGAAGGAGAGGGGUGAGAGGCACAGAGAUCGUGAUGAAUGGAGCAAGCCUAAACAAUCACAUGAAGAAAUUCAUUCAAGGAGGGAAAGAGAAGAAACACGGUCUACUAUGAAAAGUAUACGGACUGCUGAAGAUAUUACGCGAAUGACUCAUUCACGAGGAAAAGAUGAUUAUAAAGUAUCUGGAAGAGAGCACCAUUCGAAGGAUGUGGGUCGAAAUGGUGAUCUACUUAAGAGAAGAGAUCGUGUUGAAAAUGAUAAAUCAUCCCAGCAUAGGGGCCGUGAAGAUGUUUAUGCACGUGGGAGUCAAGUCAGUGAUGACGAAAAGAGAGGCAGGUCAGGUAGAUCUGGCACAAAUGAUGAACGUGCUGUUCAUGCUUCUGAGACUUCUAGGUUGCAUGAACAUAGACAAAAGGAGGGCAGUAGAAAGGGUAAAGAAUCUGAAGGUGUGGAUCACAAUCCAUUGAUUCAUUCUCAGAGAAAUGAGGAUGAGCACAGUGGACCAAUAAGUGAGAAGAUAAGUACAAGGGGAAGAACCGAACGUGAGAGUGGUAAGGAUGAUGUCCACUCCAGUCGCCAGUCUUCUCGAAGGCACAGAGAGGAGCAUUCCUCCGAUGAGGAGCAGACAGGUGCGAAAAAGGGCCGUUCUAAAUUGGAAAGAUGGGCAAGCCAUAAGGAGGCCGAUUUCGGCACCACCUCUGUGUCUACAUCUUCUUUGAAGAAGAGUAAGGAUGUGCGCUCGAAUAACUCACUAGGUGCUUCUGCGGGUAGUAAGCUUCCCGAGGAACCUUCCAGAAAGGGAGAAGAUAAGCUGCAACGGCCUUCUGCUGAUGAUAAAACCACUGGCGUCGAAACAAACAGUGCCACCAAAGCUGUUGAUAAUAAACACCUGGAUACAGUCGCUAAGCUAAAGAAGAGAAGCGAGCGAUUCAAACUUCCCAUGCCAAGCGAGAAAGACGCCCCAUCCAUCAAGAAAAUCGAGAGCGAGCCCCUGCCUUCAGCUCAGACCGAAAAUCACCAAGAUUCAGAGAUCAAGUCAGAGCGGCCAGCGCGAAAGAGGAGGUGGACUGGCAAUUGAAUCCCCAUUGCAAACAAAAACAGAGGUUAAAAGUUUAGCCGGGUGGUUUUUAAUUUCUUUUCCGAGGAUAUCACUAUUGCCGCCUUCUUUGUCAUCUGUAUCUCUUAAAAACAUCCCACAAUCGUUACGGUCAGGGUUUAAUUGUGUGCCAUUUUAUAUGUUAUACAAAUAUGUAGCCAUGUGGUGGCAGUUGAUCAUAGAUUUUGCCUUGAGAAGUACACAGAGAUAACUCUUCUAGAAAGUAGCAGUAUAUACUGACCAUGAAUGGGGGGCGUGUUCGUAUUUACAUUUACAUUCGCAUUCUUAUUUACGAUAUUUACACACAUACA